AUGCAGGUUAAAAACCAGAUCUGCACCGAGCGGAGCAGCACCGACGACCCGGAGCAGGAUGACAACAAGAAGAAGACCUCGUGUUUUUCCAACAUUAAGAUUUUCCUGGUGUCGGAAUGUGCGCUCAUGUUGGCACAGGGAACCGUGGGCGCCUAUCUGGUAAGUGUUCUGACCACUCUGGAGAGACGCUUCAACCUCCAGAGUGCCGAUGUGGGCGUCAUUGCCAGCAGUUUCGAAAUCGGCAACUUGGCCCUCAUCCUGUUUGUCAGCUACUUUGGCGCCAAGGCCCACAGACCCCGCCUGAUUGGUUGCGGCGGGAUUGUCAUGGCGUUGGGGGCAUUGCUGUCAGCCCUACCAGAGUUCUUGACUCAUCAGUAUGAGUACGAGGCCGGGGACUCGUGGCACGCUGAGGACGGCAGGGACGUCUGCUCCAACAACUCCAGGUCAGAAAACCGAGACUCUGGGUUUAAAUGUGGCAACAGAGCCAACACCAACAUGAUGUACCUUCUGCUGAUCGGAGCCCAGGUUCUGCUGGGCAUCGGAGCCACACCCGUCCAGCCUCUGGGAGUGUCCUACAUUGACGACCAUGUCCACAGGAAGGACUCCUCGCUGUAUAUAGGUAUUUUAUUUUCAACAUUAGUGUUCGGCCCGGCCUGCGGCUUCAUCUUAGGUUCUGUCUGUACCAAAGUCUACGUUGAUGCUGUCUUCAUCGACACCAGUAAACUGGACAUCACCCCAGAUGACCCUCGCUGGAUCGGGGCGUGGUGGGGUGGCUUCCUCCUCUGCGGUGCCUUACUCUUCCUGUCGGCCCUCUUCAUGUUCGGCUUCCCCCAGGCGCUGGGCGAGCAGGACAUGGAUGGUGGAGGGGAGAGUGAGCAGGCCAUGCUGCCUUCUUCCCUGACCCUGGAGUACCAGGGCUCCAAACCCAAUGGCGCUAUUCAUGGCUUUGACAUGAACAGCGGACUUUCAGUUUGUGAGCAUCUGAGAGUAAUCCCCCGGGUGACCAGGCACCUUCUCUCCAAUCCGGUGUUCAGCUGCAUCACGCUGGCGGCCUGCAUGGAGAUCGCCGUGGUUGCUGGCUUUGCUGCCUUCCUGGGAAAAUACCUUGAGCAGCAGUUUAACCUUACCACCUCCUCAGCCAAUCAGCUGCUAGGUAUGACAGCCAUCCCCUGUGCCUGUCUGGGUAUCUUCCUCGGGGGGCUGCUGGUGAAGAAGCUGAACCUGUCGGCUCUGGGCGCUGUCCGCAUGGCCAUGCUGGUCAACCUGGUGUCCACUGCCUGCUACGUCUCUUUUCUCUUCUUGGGCUGUGACACCGGACCUGUCGCUGGGGUUACGGUAGCCUACGGAAACGAGACGUUGCGGUCCUGGCAGCGACCUGAGUCAGCGUGCAUCAAUAACUGUAACUGCUAUACAGCGUCAGUGAGCCCCGUCUGUGGUUCCAAUGGAAUCACCUACCUCUCAGCCUGCUUCGCUGGCUGCACCAAACCGAACCUGACCAGCUGCACGUGUAUAUCCAGCACCAGUGAAGAGGCGGUGGCUAUACCAGGGAAGUGUCCCAGUCCAGGCUGUCAGCAGGCCUUCCUCACCUUCCUGUGUGUUAUCUGUGUGUGCAGCAUGAUCGGUGCUAUGGCCCAGACCCCCUCUGUCAUCAUCCUCAUCAGAACUGUAAGUCCAGAGCUGAAGUCUUAUGCCCUUGGAGUUCUGUUCCUCCUCCUGAGACUGAUAGGCUUCAUCCCACCCCCUCUGAUUUUCGGCAUGGGCAUCGACUCCACAUGUCUGUUCUGGAGCUCCGUCUGCGGCGAGAAGGGCGCCUGCAUGCUGUACGACAACGUGGCCUACAGGCAUCUGUACGUCAGCAUCGCCAUCGUCCUCAAGUCGUCUGCCUUCAUCCUGUACGCCACCACGUGGCAGUGUUUGAGAAAGAACUACAGGAAAUACAUCAAGAACAGCGAGGGCUACCUCACACCCACCGAACUCUUUGCCUCCAAUGUGACUCUGGACAAUUUGGGCAAGGAGAUCACCCAGAACCCAGCCAACAGGACAAAGUUCAUUUACAACCUGGAGGACCAAGACAUGUGUGACAACAUGGAGUCAGUUUUAUAGUGGUGGUCUGCACCGGGACUGCAGACUGGAGCUGAGGCUGUUAAUGUGCAACUGAUCUGAUGUUUCUUUGGUGUCGUAUCAGUGUAGAAGAAUGUUCUCAGUAAGGGUCUUAUCUUCUUCUCACCUAAAACAUCAGACAUAAUGAAAAAAUUUGAAGAGAUGUUUCCCAAAAUGCUCUAUAUCCACAUUGCACUUUUUACUAAAAUACAGACGAUCUGGUCCAUUUUUGUCAGACAAAAUCAUAAGCUGACAUUCAAAUUUUUGUUUUGUUUUUGACAUUUCGUUAAUUUGACAGCAGAAUAGAGAUUGACAUGGGGAAUAGAAACAAGGAAUGACUCAGCAGUUAAUGCAUCAUACCACUCAUCCGCCAGGACGCCCCUCAAACGAACUUCUUUGUUCGACUUCAUUAACAGCUCAUAAUAGGUUUAGAUUUAUUAGGAGACCAGAGCUCUUUGAGAAGCAGAAAUCUGAAAUCUGUCUUUAUUAGACAGUUUAUUUUCCUUUCAGAAGGAAGUACUUCUCAGGUCCGGAUGCCAGAUAUACAGGAUGACAGUUAGCAUGGUUGUUCAUCUUUAGCUGAUGCAUAUUUUAGGUCAUGGUUGGAGUACUUUUUCCACACAUACAGAACUCACUCAAUUCUAACAUAAGAAAUAGGGGAAAACAGAUAUGCAUUGACUACAGAGGCCCAUGUAGGCACAGCACACAAGAAGCAAAGGAAAACCAACACAUCAGCAACAACAAGAACUAGUAGUACAGAAACAGGCAUAAUCCCAGUUAUUGAAAAUAUUAAUAAAGGGAAUAAAGUAAUGGGUAACAUAUCUUAAAUUGCCCAUAAAUGAAGAUUACAACAACAUUUGUUACAGAAACCUUUUUUUGUUUUGUUCCACCAGUCAUUUUGAAAGGGGAGAGGUCACUGUGCCUCGAAGGGUGGAUAUCCCAUUUUGAAACAAAACUCUUCAGUUUGAGUUAAAGUUGCACAUAUUGUUCAGAUAAAAAAAAAAGAAAAUUAUGAAGGAACUGAGUCUUUUUCAAUAGCUUUCAAUGUAAUUGGCCGUAUUGUUCUAGAGGGUAUUCUUAGACAUUUGUUGAAGGUAGAGCAGAGCUGGUAUGUGUGUGGAGUUUUGCUAUGAAUGCUGGACGAGACUCUGACACAGUUUUUUCCUUUUACUUCACACCAUUUUAUUGAUAGUCAGUCUUUUCUAUUUGACAUUAAUAGAAAUUAGGUGCAACGUCCAAAAAUGAAUAAUUAAUAAAAAAGGUAUUCUAGGUGUUUAGCUGAUGAUCUAAAAAGCAACGGACUAUGAGAGAGGAUGAAGGAGUUUGGUGGCCCACCUAUGAAUAGUUGGAAAAGACAUAUGAGCUGAUUCAGUGACUGAACCUGUGACAUUUCAGUUACACAACUAUCUCUCUAACUGAUUUGAUCUGAUUUAUAAUUCUGCCAGGAACACUCAUGUCAAAUGGAGACACAGAAAUACAGUUUGACUUGGUGGUGCCCCCUGCAGCAGCAAUGCAUGGAAUACACAGCAACAUGAUAAAUAACAAGCAGGGAACAUUGCAUAUAAGAUUCUCCAGGGUACAUGGAUGUAGUAGGGUCAAAGCAGGUGGAGGCUGUGGGGGAGGAGGCCUUCACUAAUAGAAUCAGUAACAGCAGCAGAGCUCACACGAGCGUACAGACUGAGAGUGUGAAGGCAUUUAAGGAGAACGCCAAGUCAAGGCACUGAGACGUGAUGAUUGUGAUGGGCUAGCUGUCAGCAGACACAGCAUAGCAUGACGCACAGUGUCCAGCCAGAAUUAGUUCAUUUAAAGCAUGCUGGUAAUGCAUGCAAUGAUACAAAAUAAAUAUUCAGUAUGGCACUAAGCUGCACAGACUCUGUGGUUUGGCGGCCAUGGUUAUGGUUAAAUAUACAUUUAACUCCAAUGGCCUCCAAAAUCUAUUUUAGACCAUGGAAAAGCUUUAUAAUGCAUACUGCAUUGUGAUGUUGACAAUUUUUAGCAAACCUCAGCUGACUCAUAAUCACUCACACUGAAGUGAUUGUCUAAACACAGAUUCUUUUUUUCAAAUGAUAAUUUCUUUUGGAGGAAUUCUAUGGGAUUCUGAUUUCUGACAUAUCCAGUUUAUAUAGAGAAUAUAUUGGUUUUCUUGGCUUACUUUGUAAGUAUUUAAUAUGUUUUGCAUCAAAAAUAUGGACCUUUGUCCAGCCACUCACCAUCACAAGAGAUUUCAUCCCUUUGACGUUAAGAUGGGGGUUAAAGGAGUAGUUCAACAUUUUGGGAAAUAAGAUUAGUCACCUUUUUGCAGAGAAUAAGACAAGAACAUUGAUACCAAUCUCAUGUUUGUACGGUAGAAAUUACGGUAAGCUAGAACCUAGUGCAGGUUAGCUUAGGUUAGCAUAACGACUGGAAUAAGGGGAAACUGCUAGCCUGCUUUGUUUAAAAGUUAGAAAAUCCACAUACUAACCACCUCAAAAGCAAAUUUAUUAACGUAUUAUAUCUUGUUUCUUUAAUCCAUACAAAAAGUGUAAAAACAAGUUGUUGCCUUGGGGGGCAACCUCACAUGACGACAAGCCUCCAUUAAGUCAUGCACAUAACCCCUCGUUAAAAUGAAACUUGUCAGUUGUUUUUUGUACAGGUUAAACAAAUUAGACAUAAGAUGUUAAUAGAUUAGCUUUAAAUAUGCUCGUUGGUGGAUUUUGUUACAAUAGUCAAGCAAGCUACUGUUUUUUUGUCUUUGUGCUAAGCUAAGCUAACCAGCUGCUGGUUGUAGCUUCAUAUUUACCGUACAGACACGAGAGUGGUGUCAAUCUUUGUAUAUAGCUCUCAGCAAGAAAGCUAAAGGGCAUAAUUGCUCAAAUGUCAAACUAUUCUUUCAAUUUAAAGUUCCAUGAUUCAUACUCAUUUUAUGCUGGCGCUCAAGUUUUAUGAGUACAUUAUUUUGCAAAUGGUGGAAUUUAUCUUGGAUCCACACUAGUUGUAUGCUGUAUUUAGUUUAGCACUUCAAUGAACUAAUAGUAUAAGAUUUAAACUAUAAGUUGAUGAUGCUUCAGCAUCAUAAAUAAUAAAUAUUAUAUCAAAUGGGGGCAAACAGACAGUUGUUAGAGAAUGUUGGAGAUCAACAAUGGACCUACAUUCAACACAGUGCUAUGCCAGACCAGACUAAUGUCUGCCUGGUUUCAUGUGAACUAAGAGAGUAUACGUACAGAUUUUUAGCACAGCAGUGAGACUUCAAUUCUUAUCAUGGAAGAAUCUUUGGGCACUGAUUAGUGUUUGAAACCCAGCUCAAAAUUUGACUGAUGGGAAGAUUGGCUCCUAGCAGGACAUACAGGACAGCCGGACAUUAUGCUAAGAUGUACAAACAAUUGAAAAGGAAGUUUCUAACGAGGAGGGGGGUGUUAACAUUACCAGCUGGCCACCAUUUCCUCCUCAGUAAACCCCAACAGGUGGCGCUGUCUUUGAUAUCCGUAACGUCCAGUGUGUCAUAGUGCUGACUCCUCUGUAUAUAAUAGUGCCAUACAAGUGCCAAAGUGACACCAUAGAAGUGUUUCUGUAAUGUCCUGCAGAGAACUUUGUCUCACCACGCUGGAGCUCAGAGCAGAUCCUCCAGCUGUAUGUAGCCUUUCUGUGAUAUCCCUCCACUUACUUUCACCAUAUCAUACAAAAGUGUCCCAAAAACAUAUUGCCUAUAAAAUAUUGUAUAUGGGUCUAGAAAACAGUAUUAUUUAGGAUGUAAUAACUGUUAAUAUGUAGGACUUUUCUACUAGUGAAGGUAUUGUCUAAUUUAGAUUAAUCUCUCUUUCCAUCAGUGGCAAAGCUGAUAACUGUUUGUUGCUUUGGUCCAAAUAAAAACAAUACUUUGCUUGAAACAAGUGGCACCAAUGUUGAGCUACUGCCUGACAUUUAACAGUAGAUGAGGUUGACUGUAGAAAAUCAGCCAAACUUCACUGAUAGCAGUCUUGCACCUGUGCCUGGAUAGUAAGUUCUACUCUGAGACUUCCUGAUGUUGUGCCAUAUCAACCUGUGCACUGUAACAUUCAACACUCGCAAAGAAGAAGCCAACAUAUUCUAGGUCUGUCUAAUGCGCUGGCCAGUGUGACAGCGCUCGCUUGACCUUGUAUUCACCUGCGGCGACAGGACUGUUUUGCCUUGUGAUGAGAAAAUAACUUUGGAGCAUAAAUGUUUUUUUACAUCCUAUUUUUCUCAUUAUUCUCCUUUGAUGACCUUGCCUUAUGGUAACAGGUUGACUUUUAUAGCGGAAUCUUUAGUGACAGAAGUAUGGACAUAUGAAGAGUUUACUUCCAAAAUACGACAUUUCUGGGCAAAAAAGUCCUGAGGUUUAUCAUUCAAGAGACAUUUUAACAUCAAUGGACAGUUAUCCUGUAAAUAGGCCAAUAAUUUGUUUUUGCUGCGAUUAAUUAUUAGUCACUUUUUGUAAAUGAUCAUGAUUUGGAAGCAAACUCUUCAUAUGCAGAUAGAUAAUCCUUUGGUUUGAGCCUUUAGGCAGCAUGUUGCCUUUGAUUAAAGUGAAACCAUGUGCUAACCAUGUUAGUGACGGUUUUAGAGUGAUGUGUUUGCUUAUGUUGUGGGUGGUAUUCAAUGUGUGAAUUUCAUGGCUCUUUGCAGGUGACCUUUGAAAAGAAAAGGGCAUUGAAAUAAGAAAAUAUCACCUAUAUUUUCAAAGCAUCACUAAAGAUUUUUAGAUAUGCUCUUUUGCUUCUUUGGAUUCUUUUUUCUUUUUUCUUUAGAUUAUAUGAAUUUAUAUUUAAAAGCUUUUUGUUCUGUAUAUUUCUUGGAAAAGAUUACAUGAUUGUAUGUUUAUUGUAAAUACAUUAAAUAUACUAUUUUUGUUUUUACUAUGA